AUGGCAGACGAACCGCGGUCUCGCCUUGCCCCCAUCCACACACGAAACCUCAGUACUGUCACCGUCGAAUCCGACAGCUCAGACAGUUCUCCAUGUCCAGGCGAUGAUGAAGAUACCGAUUACUUUAUGGCCCAUGCCAACGAUUCGCAGUCCUCUCUGGGGGCCCUCACGGCCAUUCGUGACUGCGACGACGACGUCGAUCUUGAUCAAGUCCAUCGUCUCUCCCCCAUAUCCAAGCUACCUCCCGAAAUCCUCAUUGCGAUCUUGGCGAAAUUGACCACGACAUCUGACCUGCGAAACUGUAUGCUAGUGUCUUAUCACUGGGCAUUGUACGCGGUGGGCAUUCUGUGGCAUCGCCCCUUGUGCAACAAGUGGGCAAACCUUCUGAACGUUGUCACAACUUUGGAGAAGGGCGACCAGUCCUUUUUUCCAUACCAGGAGAUGGUCAAGAGAUUGAAUUUAACCGCAAUUGCAGACAAGGUCAACGAUGGCACGGUCCAGCCAUUUAUGAAAUGCAAGAGUAUCGAGCGCCUGACCCUGACCAAUUGCUCCAUGCUGACCGAUUUUGGUGUUGUGGGCCUGGUGGAUGGCUGCAGGAAGCUUCAAGCACUUGAUGUUACCGACCUUGAGUCCUUGACAGACCGCACUCUACAUGUAGUAGCCCAGAAUUGCGCCAAGUUGCAGGGCCUCAACAUCACCAAUUGCACCAACAUCACCGACGAGUCUUUGGUGGAGAUCGCCGAGAAUUGCAGACAACUCAAAAGACUGAAACUCAAUGGCGUGUCGCGAGCCACAGAUCUAUCCAUUACGGCAGUUGCGAGAAAUUGCCGCUCAAUCCUAGAAAUUGACCUCGCUGGUUGCCAUGCCAUCACCUCAGAAUCCGUCACUGCACUACUCUCCAAUCUGUCGAAUAUGAGAGAGCUGCGUCUAGCUCACUGCAUCGACAUCAAUGAUUCAGCCUUUACGAAUCUCCCGCCCAGGCUCUCCUUCGACGCGCUACGGAUUUUGGAUCUCACAGCUUGCGAGCAGGUCAGAGACGAUGCCAUUGCAAGAAUUAUUCCGGCUGCACCUCGUCUAAGGAAUUUGGUGCUGGCAAAGUGCAGGCACAUUACAGAUCGCGCAGUUGCCUCCAUCUGCAAAUUGACUAAAAACCUACAUUACAUUCAUCUAGGGCAUUGUAUCAACCUAACGGACAAUGCGGUCAUCCAGCUUGUGAAAGCUUGCAACCGGAUUCGGUAUAUCGAUCUCGCAUGUUGCUCCCGGCUGACGGACGCCAGCGUCCGCCAUUUGGCACAACUUCCGAAGCUUCGCAGAAUUGGCCUGGUCAAAUGUCAGAACUUAACGGAUCAAAGCAUUAUAGCCCUGGCUCGAGGCCCGCUCAUGUUCAGUUCCGGGGGGAAGAUAGGGGUGCCCUCCCAGCUCGUAUCGCUCGAGCGAGUACAUCUUAGCUACUGCGUGAAUUUGACGCUCAAGGGAAUCACGGCACUUCUUCACCAUUGCCCUCGGCUGACCCAUUUGUCAUUGACCGGUGUGCAAGCAUUUCUCCGCGAUGAUUUGACCUGCUUCUGCCGCGAUGCUCCGGCCGAGUUCACGCACCCCCAAAGAGAUGUAUUCUGCGUCUUUUCAGGGGACGGAGUCCAGCGACUUCGUGACUACCUCCUGCGUCUUGCCAUGGAUGAGGCACAGCGAGAAAGUCGUGAUGCGCUUGAUGAGAGUCUGGUCGACGAAGCGGACAGCCCAGGUGCCGACACCAUGUCGGAUGAUGGUACAAUUGACGGGAAUGAGCAAUACCUGGAUCAUGCCCUGAUGAACUCGCAUCGCGGCUUGCCCUUGGUCAACACACAUCAAUCACGACCCCGGACACGAAGUUUACACGACUAUUCCAGCUUUCAUGUUGAGAUGCCACUACUGCCGUUCGAUCAGGUGCAACAUAUGGGCCCAUGGACCCCUGGUUCACGUCUGCCGCCUGAAUCUCGCACCUCUCAAGCUUCGCCGCACGUCAAUAUCGUGACCGCCAACAACGCUUACCAGCCGGAGCCAUACGAGCGCCGGUCACGAAGCCCUGGCUAUUCCAACGCAUUUGAUGUAGCCGCGGGAUACGGCGAGCGUGCAAGGAGCACAUCUCGUACCCCGUCACGGAGGCAUACCUUAGAGUCCACUUCAAGUCUCUACACCGCUCCCACUCCAGCCCAUGGGGCUGGAGAAAGCAGUUCUCGGCCUCCCGAACUAGGUCACUAUUCACAGGAUCCUAGAGCUGGGUAUUUCGGGCUGGACGAUCCCAGGAGAUUUCCCGGCUGGACAGGUUCGCAUUUGUUCGCAUCAGAACCGCUUCGAAGGCACGUUCCAGGAGCAUCAUUCAGGAACCCAGCCGAUGUGCGGCAGUCUUUUUUGCGACCUGAGCCAGGAUUCAGCGCCUUUGACGCUAACCACGAAGCGAUCAUGUCUACCAUUCCAGGUAGUCGACCUGGUAGUCGACACCCAUCACGAUCUAAUAGUCCUCGCCUAUCCAGGGUGAACAGUCGGUCGCGAUUGAGUAGUCUUCUGGCGCCUCCACGAAGCUACUCGUCAACUCCGCCGAGUCAAGGAGAAGGCCCAAGGCGCAGUAGUCGGGAGCGGCGAAGCCGAGAAAGAUCCCGCAUGGAGGAAGAAGCACACCGGGAAGCAAUGCUACGGGCACUCGCAGAAGCUGACGCUGCCGAUCAACUGAGACCAGACCUGCGUCGAAUUGAAUCCGAUCGGCAGAUCGAACUACCAUUCUUACCUCCGAAUCUGAUAGAACGUGUCAGGAGGACGUCUCUCACGCACACAGAACCAACACCAGACAUUCGUUUUGAAGUGGAGGACACCGGGCCUACCGUUGAUCCUGACCAGGAUGUUACAAUGACACAGUAG